UUGAUUUAGGAGAGACCAAACAUAUCCAAAUUAUGCAGUGUUUCAGGUGUCAAGGAGGGGCUGUGCGUCUACCUCCGAGGCAGGCUUCACUUCCUGCAUCGUCCACUGCAAUAUAUAAAAACCCGCAAAGACGGACUUCUCCCGAAGCAGUCACAAAGUUUGCAAAGCGCACAAACUCCUCACUUUUGCAGCAGCCCUCCCUCUCUCCAAACCAUUACUGAGGCUUUAGAAGUGAUACAGCCUUGGCAACAGCAGGCACCGGUACCGCUGCGCAAGACAAGAUAAGUCCAACAACACUCGGGAUAUUCUGUCUUCCUUCAAACAUAAAAAAACAAACAUGAAACCUCAGUUAUUUGCCGUAGACUUAAUCCUUCUGUGCAUAUCAUGCGGAGCAAGUGCACUGGCAACGAGCAUUCCUGCUGUGUCCACGUCCAAUUUUACCAAUCUUGGCGCAGCGCACAGCUACGGAACAGACACCACGACUAAAAUCAGGAGGAAGCGUUAUAUUAGUCAGAAUGACAUGCUUGCUAUUCUUGAUUACCAUAAUAAAGUAAGAGGGAAGGUGUUUCCUCCAGCAUCCAAUAUGGAAUACAUGGUGUGGGAUGACACCCUGGCCAAGACAGCCGAAGACUGGGCUCAUGCGUGCCUGUGGGAGCACGGGCCACCUAACCUCCUCAGGUUCCUGGGUCAAAACCUCUCCGUCAGGACAGGACGCUAUCGAUCCAUUCUUCAGCUGGUGAAGCCAUGGUACGAUGAGGUCAAAGAUUACUCUUUUCCAUACCCCCGUGACUGCAAUCCUCGAUGCCCUCUCAGAUGCUAUGGACCCAUGUGCACCCAUUAUACACAGAUGGUGUGGGCAACAUCCAACAAAGUAGGCUGUGCUGUUCAUACGUGCCAUAAUAUGAACGUAUGGGGUUCCGUGUGGAAGCGGGCAACGUAUUUAGUUUGCAACUACUCACCUAAGGGUAACUGGAUUGGAGAGGCGCCCUACAAAGUAGGCGUACCCUGCUCCGCCUGCCCUCCCAGCUACGGGGGCUCCUGCAGCAACAACAUGUGCUUCCCUGCUCUCAAGACAAACUACCUGCACUGGUUCAAAUAAACACAGGUUUCCUCUUGACAUAAGCUGACAACCUACAGUACCACAGAGACAUUAUUUUAAUCCCGUAAGGAUUUGCACAACAUUCAUGGACCACACUAUUUUGUAUAUAUGGGCUUAUUUAAAGACUCAAACAUACAUUUGAAGGCAGCAGACGAUUUAGCGUUGAUGAUUUGUAAAUAAACUGUAAAUUAAUUUCAUUUGUAUCAGAAUUGCUAUUACUAUUUUAAUUAAUGAAAUAUAAUUUAUGUGUAAGAGAGGGUCCUUAAACACAGUUUAUACUGUAUGUGGUGCUGCAUACACAUUUGUUCUGACUAUAUUCGUUUACCAUUGACAAUAUGGUAAUUAAGGACAUAACAAGAUCAUAGCUGCUUAUACCUGGUCACUUUGGUGCUAUGGGCAUCACACCUUCGUGUUGUGUGCUCUGCCUUCACAGGAAUGUUGUGAUGUAAAGAUCAAAGCUUUUGACCUCAGAGGGUAAAACCUACACUGGCAGUGUCAGCUUUGUAGCUGUGUUAGCUAGAAGAGACUUCAUACUCAACUCUGUUGCCAUUUUCAUUUGUGUCCUGCAACAACGUUUGUUGACAAAAGUGCACUUACUGUAAACUGAAAAUAUAUGACUAAAGCAACUUACACCAGAUCCAACAUACGACAGAUUGGGAUGUCUUUAUUUGAAGGCCUCAUAUCAGCAUAAAUGAUGCCUCUGUUGUUAAAAGCUAUGUUUGUUUUAAUAUUUACACAGUGCAUUUGCAGUUUCAAUCUGCACUGAUUUCACGACAGAUGUUUCAUACCUCAAGGUAUUUCAUAGACUUAAUUUUUCAUAUUUCCUGUAAUGUUUAUGCUAAAGAGAGCACGUACAAUAACUCUGACCCACAUAUCUGUUUUAUAAUCAUUUGUACACAGUAUAUUGGUAUAUUAUAUACCAAUAUAUUGAUAUAUUGGACAAAUCCAUUGUUUAUAUUUUGUUAUGAUCACUGAUGUAGUUUGUUUUUUUGGAGUUAGGCACUUGAGUGCACCUUAAUUGUUUGUAAAUUUCCAAAAUACCAGGAAAUUAUUAUUUUUUUGUACAUGUAGAUAAUCAUCAUACCUAGACUAUCUUAAAACAAGUAUACUGUAAGUUAUUCAUUUUUGUAUGGGGAAAAAAAAAUAUUUAAUUCAUAGUAAUUUUGUACUGUUUUGUAAAAGGAUUGUAAAUAUAGCCAAACGAUUAAAAAAAAACAAAUAUGGUUCAUUUGCAUGUCAACUUUUAUAAUGAAAAUUGGUAGCACUAGCAUAAAAUUGGCAAGCCUUUGCAAUUGUCUCAAAGGCAUCAAAAAAUUGGGACAGUUUCUCACUAUUAUUCAACACAGAGAAGACUAUAUCAUCAGCAUAACGGAGACACUUAAAUCAAGAAAAACAC